CCUGAUUGGCGGAAGCGGGGAUAGACGUCGGACGACGCGGCGUCCCGGGGCUGGUAUCUCCCCGGUCGCGGGUCAGGUGCGCAAGGGAGCGUUAGUCCCGGGAGCUGAGGACGCCGCGGUUGCGGCGGCGCCUCAGACUCAUGAGGAGCCGGAAGCUUGCAGAUGGGGUGCGCUCUUCAGCACGACUAAGGAGCAAAAACUGCCCGGCAACCAGAGCUGCCUCAGCUCAAGAAGUUGAUGUUUCUAAAGCUACAAAAACUGUGUGUUUGGCUUCAUCACACAAAGCAACUGAGAGACGUACUUCCAAGACACUCAAGUAUGAAAAAGAUGGUUUCAUUAAAUCAGAGUUACAAGAACUAACAAGCAAAAAGGAAAAAACUUCUUUGCUAAAAACAGCAUCUGAAACCUCAAGUGAGAAUGAGCCUUUGGAGUGUGCUGAGCACAAAGCAUUGCCACCAAGUAAUGAAGCUGAUACUUCCAAGAUUUGUGAACAGCAAAUAGAGAGAAAUGAGAAUGGUCUUUCUCAUGGCCACUCCAGAGAUGUGGGUAACAGUUGCUCAGCAAAGACUGAAAAUGACUCGGUCCUCCCCACAUAUAAAGAAAAUCUGGUAGAGGAAGACGUGUGUAAGCAUGGUGUUGUGCUGCUCGGGGAGGCUGGAUCAGAGGCAGCAGAUCCCCAGAAGACACCAUCCCACAUAGACAAUAGCAUCUUUUUAGAUGAAGAUAGCAAUCAGCCAAUGCCUGUGAAUCGAUUCUUUGGAAAUGUUGAGCUCAUGCAAGACCUUCCGCCAGUUUCUCCACCUUGUCCUUCAAUGAGCAGACGGGAAUUCAGAAAAAUGCACUUCAGAGCCAAAGAUGAUGAUGAUGAUGAUGCAGAAAUGUAGAUAUUUAAUAAAACAUUAUAAAAUUAUAUCUAUUUUUUAUACAUUAAGGACAGUUACCAAUGUCAUACUAUUAUAAGUGAUUCUAAUUGCCACAUGUCAGUAUCACUAUAAAAUCUAUCCCCAUGGGAACAUUCUAGCUUGUAAAGUAAGCUAAGGUAAUUUUCCUACUUCCUCGUUUCUAAAAUCACCAUGGGAAACUCAUUGAGGUGAACUUGCAGAUUACAAAACUCCUAAUUUUUUUCUUUUGGGAGAUGAUUGGGCAGGAAAUUUUGCAUUGCUUUCUUCUUAAUUAUGACAGCUCCACUACCUGAGAUAACUAUACUUUCUAAUAAAGUAGGCAUAUUAUUUUUAUAAUUAUGCUUUGAGUAAGUUCAGGUGGAGCAAAGAGAGAGUGGCACAUUUAAAUAUUAAAAAUGUCAUCCAAAAUUUGAUUUUACAAUGUAUAAACAAGCUUUUGUUCUACCACCAAUUCAGGUCAUUUGAAGAUUCUUACAGCUUGCCUGAUAAAUUCACCCAUGUGAAUUUUGUACUUUUGUUGUUUCCAUGUACAUAAAGAGUAGUGGUUACUAUAGAUGUUUUAAGUUUAAGUUUGCAAAGAAAUUAUCUAACACUAGAAUGGAAGACUUUCUUUCAACUGUUAUAUUUUAAAAAGCGUUAAUUUUGUUCCUGAGUGGACAGUAUUAUUCCUUCCAGAAAUAUUUGACCCAUUAAUGGAGAGAGCAAUUACUUGACUAAAGACCAAGCACUUAAUUCUUUCUCCUAAAGGAUUUGACUAGUGUUAGGCUCCUCCACCCAUUAAACCACCUCAGACAAGGAGAUUGCAAUAAAAGUAGAUCUCUAUUUAAAUGGAAACAACUCCAUUUACUUUCAAAGUGGAGGGGAUUUUUUUUCAUUAUUAUCCAAUAUAUCUUUGUAUAAGUUGUUACAAGUAAAAGAUAGUAAAUAAUGUUGAAUAUACUCUUAAUUAUUUCCCAAACUUCAUUUGUAGAGUAGUUUGAUAGUGAAUUAAAAUAAAAGACAUUUUUCAGCUUCAUUUCAUAUGCAGUUCAAAAUAUUUGCCCUAGAUGACUUAUUUUUUUCCCCAGCAGCCAGAUUCUUUUUAAUUUGAUCAUUUUCCCAUUAGGAGAUGUGACCUUCACUUACUCCAAAUAAUUCUGUGAUUUAUUGGUCAAUAAACUACAAUACAUUUAAUAACUUGGAUAUGUUGCUUAUAAUCCAUUCAUGUUAUGAAAGCUUGGGAAAAUAAUUUACAGUUUGAGAUUACUGCAUGUACUUGACUAUUAAUCAUAACACCUCUUGCUGGUGGUAAUUGAGUUGCCUCAAAAUUUUAGAAUUUUGUGUUUGCUCUAUUAGUUUCUGUGUACUUGAAAAAAAAAAUUAAAUCAGAAUGUUACCUACCAGUACUGCUCAUUGUUAUUGCUGUGUUUCAAUAAAAAAAAAAAAAAAAAAGUUAUAUU